CGUUGGCCAGGAAACCGAAAUCAACCACCGGGCCUCAACUCCCUUCUUCCGUUUCUCUCUCUCUGCGACGGGCCGAAGGAUACAGAGGAGAGAGAAGCCAUUGCGGUACAGUGAGAUAAAGGGUAUUCGCGAAUGGCGAAGAGGGGAGGACUUCUCGACAAACUAAGAAACCGUCGCUGGAGAUGGCGUUUCGCGAGGGGCGGUCUGUUCCGAUGGAAAGGGCUGAGCUUUCAGCUUCGGUUCGUCGACGACGUGCUCUUCAAGAUCGCGUCGGUGUUCGAAGCGAUCGUGCUCGUCUCCGGCCUCUGCCUCUUCUUCCUCGUUUGCGGUUGCCAUUUUUGAUCCAUCAUGCGACAUUGAAUUAUUGACGCGUUUUACUUUACCAACCGUGGCUGAUACUGCGAAGUGUUGGGUCGCGCGGGCAGAAAGAGACUGAGAUACGGGAGAGGCGGUAAACGACGAGGACGCACAUUAUAUGUUCUAUCUA